AUGGACACGAUCCAAACCGUCAUCGUCGACCCGCUGAAACCGGUCCUCCAGCCCAUCAGCUCCGCAUUGCCUGCGCCGGUCCACGAUGCCAUCAUCUCUCUGAUCGGGUCGCCAUGCCACAGCGCGCUCCUGUUGGAUUUGGAUGUGAGCAAGGACCCGGAGUGCACGUCGCUGGCGAUUUCCAAGGCCCUUGGGCUUGCCAUCGUCGGAGCCAGCGCUAUCGUCAAGGUCCCCCAGAUUCUCAAGCUAAUCAGCUCGCGUUCUUCGGCCGGCGUGUCUUUCAUCUCUUAUGCUAUGGAGACGGCGAGUCUUCUCAUCACAUUGUCUUACAAUGUUCGCCAGCAGUUCCCUUUCAGCACAUUUGGUGAAACCGCUUUGAUCGCAGUGCAGGAUGUGGCUAUCGGUGUCUUGGUUUUGACUUUCGCUGGCAAGCCUGCUGCUGCCGCCACCUUUGUCGCCGUGAUUGCUGCUAGCAUUUACGCCCUUCUUGUCGAUCAAACUCUAGUCGACUCGCAGACACUCUCACUUCUCCAGGCCGGCGCCGGUGUGCUUGGUGUUGCAAGCAAGCUCCCGCAAAUCUUCGCGAUCUGGAGCGAAGGCAGCACUGGACAACUGAGUGCAUUUGCGGUGUUUAACUACCUCUUUGGUUCCCUGUCCCGUAUCUUUACAACCCUACAAGAAGUGGACGACAAGCUCAUCCUGUACAGCUUCGUCGCGGGUUUCACCCUUAAUGUCGUGAUUGCCCUCCAAAUGCUGUACUACUGGAACAGCCCAGCAAACAAAAAGGCUGCCAAGCCGAAGGGAGCCAAGAAGGCUGUCGCAAACUCUCCGGCGGCCGCUGAGAGCACCGGUGUCUCUCCAAAGCCUGCCGGGAAGACCCCUACCACUCGUAGGAGGGGUUGA